AUGGGCACAAACGGGUGUACAGAAAUAUGUAUUACAACCAGUACAGAGCAUUGCUUCUACGUCCGAAAUGAUUGGACAGGAGGAGCCGUUCCAUCACAACUGGUAGCUUUACAGUUAUGGGCUCGUCGUCUAGAACUGCGCAACCCUAAACUCCAACGGGAUGAGGUGUUAUCGUCAAAGGUGUAUUAUGCUCCUGAAUGGGAGUUGGAUAAAAAGCCUAACAAAGAUGUUGGUUUCCCUGAUCCGCUAAAGAAUUAUGGCAUAACACCGGAGAAAUGGGAAUACUAUAACAAGGUGGUAUGGCCUCCCAACUAUGUGGUUCCAGAAACAGGAUUACCGAAAGCCAGGGAAGUAUUCCAUUGUAGAGAAUCGGUGCAUUUCUCACCGAAACGCAUGUGGCAAGCCUGUGAACUCGUGUGGAGAACGAAUGUUGAUGAGGCGAUCACUCAGCUGCAGUUCCAGCAGUUGAAGAGUUGCAAGAUUCUUGGUGAAGUCUUAAGCGAGGCGAAAGAACGAGCAAUGAAUGAGUUUCACGUCGAAUUUCCAUCUGACAUGUAUGUAGCGGACGCGUUUCCCAUCCAGUGCAAUAUUAUUAAAGGAGCGCGCCGUCAUGCUCAUGAAAACUGGUGCACCAUUCGCUAUCGUUAUAUUAACAUCUUUGUCCGGUUGGAAGAGGGAAGUCCUCCACCGUUCCGAAGACGAGAGAAAUUGAAAAACGGCUGGGAACAUAUGGAAGCGUAUUACAAAUAUCUUAGAUCGCGUAGUAAGAAAUAUAGUAUAUAA